UAUCAGAGCAGAAUUGCACAUAACCAUAUAUCCCUCCCUGAAUUGUCUUAGAAGUUCAGAACCAACCUCCAACAUACAAUGUAAACUCCUUGGCUGAUCCUAACCUCAAACCCAAAUUCAGUGCCCGACUCCAUUCUGUCUUCAAAAGACCAAUCCAACAUAUGCCAGCCUUUAACAGCAAGAAUCACAACCCAGUUCAAAACCCCACACUAACAUCAGCAGGAUCCUUCCCUGUGCUGGCCAUAACCCUAUUCUAAUCUGAUCUCAGAUCAACACCAUUCUGGGCAUCCAUCUAAUUCCAAACCCAACCUGAACAGUUGCACACUGGGUAACAUACACCUCUAUGCUGGGCAUACGACUUUCACAGCUUCAGGGACUCAGUGGCUCUCGCUGGCACAGCCACCAUCGGCUUUUGUCCAUGAGGUACCUUAUUCCUGGGAUGGCUCACUCAGUGCUCGGCCGGGAACCCAGGAGCACCAAAACACCCAGGCCUUUUGACCCUGGUGGAAUAUGCAGACCCAUGGGUCCUGGCAUACCGCAAAGCCUCUUCCAGGAUUAGCUCAACCCUUGAGCUGAAAUUCCCACCAUACCCUCCCCUUGGCUCUUGUCUGCCAAACUCAGAGGGAGCAUCUGCUGCCCUGGAGGCCCCGAGGAGACAGGAGCAGGCGGGCACAGAGCAGAAGCGAAUGUGGCUAUUCCAAUACGGGGAUUUCCAGACUCUUGCAGCACCUAAGAUGUCUACCCCAGAAUGGCCCCAGGUACCAGCCCCAGACAGCUAGUGGACCUGCUGGAAGUGAGGCUGAGAGAGGUAGCAAUGCACACGGCUCCUCUCUCACUCGCUCUAGGGACUUGGUCUGUCUCGUUGUUAGCGUUAGCAUCAGUCACGCUCUCUGCCCCACUCCUUACACCCAGGUACGAGCAUAGAAACCCUCUGCUUCUGAGCCUCCAUGGGCCUGUCAAACAGUAACCAGGUUUCCUGAGGAGUCAGGACUUUCGCAUUAAGGACUGGAAUACUUAAGCAGACACUCAAAUCUCAGCCUGACACCCAUUGGUCUCUGUGCCCUUUCUGCACUGUUUACAUGCAGUCUGGCUCAGGGACCCAAAGCGGUUCUAGGAUGUAAACCCCUAGACCUCCGUGUUUGUGUUAGGGUUCAGGUGGGACUGUGGGCUAGGAUGAGGCCGGCAGCAAAAGACCAGGUGGGCGUGGGUCUCUGGAGUCCUGAGAACAGUAACAAUUCGUUCCUCAUCUAACUUCCUGCCAGCCUUGCUUCUUCCCAGGCUACCUCAGUGUCUCUAGUCACAGACCAGGUAGGGGCAGGUCCCAUUCAUCUCUUUUGUUUUCAAGACAGAUAUUUCCUUCCCUAGCUUUUUCCCACCAAGGUUUCCAGCCCCAUCAAACCUUCAGUUACCCACAAGGGCCUUCAUUUGGACUCUAAGCUCAGAAGCAAGCAGGAAGACCACCUGACCCCGCAACCCCAGGAUGCAACAUCUCUUUGAGGCUGUUCUAUCUCUACAGGCUCACGUUCGACAGGAGAGGUUCCUGGUCUGUGCUAGGAAGAGUUUCCAGGAUCCAGGAAUGUGGGCAGUGAUGGGACCUGAGGGGAAGCCACAGAUAAAGACAAGGCAGGAUCUUAGGCUGGAAAGUAACCUUCCUCCAGAGAGGCAACUGGGACACCAUUUCCUCUGGUCACCUUUGUUCCUUCCCACGAGAUUUUUGCCCAUCUGGAGUGUGGGAUGGGAGCAGAAGCGGCCCAGGUGGCUCUUUCAGCGUCACCCGUCAAAUGCUUGGAAUUACCUGGACAACCUGGGCAGUGAUGGAGGGGGACAGGACUGCUGCCUUAAGUACAGCCAGAAGAAAAUUCCCUACAGUAUUGUCCGAGGCUAUAGGAAGCAAGAACCAAGUUUAGGCUGUCCCAUCCCGGCAAUCCUGUUCUUACCCCGGAAGCACUCUAAGCCUGAGCUAUGUGCAAACCCUGAGGAAGGCUGGGUGCAGAACCUGAUGCGCCGCCUGGACCAGCCUCCAGCCCCAGGGAAACAAAGCCCCGGCUGCAGGAAGAACCGGGGAACCUCUAAGUCUGGAAAGAAAGGAAAGGGCUCCAAGGGCUGCAAGAGAACUGAACAGACACAGCCCUCAAGAGGAUAGCCCAGUAGCCCGCCUGGAGCCCAGGAGAUCCCCCACGAACUUCAAGCUGGGUGGUUCACGGUCCAACUCACAGGCAAAGAGGGAGCUAGAAAACAGACUCAGGAGCCCAAAGCAGCCACCUCAUGCUGGCCUCCGUCCACACCCUUGCCCUGCUUCAACCAUUACAUCUGCACGGCCAUCCCUUUCUUACCUGGCGGAGCUGCCUUCCCUGGGGUAGACCUAGAGAGUCAGAAGAAAGAGUGUCUCCCAGGGAAUGAGGAAGGAGACAGCAGGACUGUCCCCUCUAGGAGGUCACUCAGGUCCCAAGACCUGAACCUGCUCUCCAUGGCGCCCUCCCCUUGUCCUUGCACCUAUGAUUUAUACCUAACUGAAUAAAAAAGUGAUCCAGCCUCA